UUUGACUUAUUUUAUUUAAACGACCCAAACAGCUUUACGUAAUAAUUAUUUAUCAUUUAGGAGGCUUCAUUUACUCGUUAAACAUGACGCUGCAAGCGGAAUUUCAGGCGGUUGUGUUGGCAGCUGGUAGGGGCUCUCGUAUGUCGGAAGUUACCACGGGAAUUCCCAAAUGUCUUUUACCCAUUGGACCAAAGCCUCUCGUAUGGUAUUCCUUGUAUAAAUUGCAAUGUGCAGGGUUUUCAGACGUAAUCAUGAUUGUAUUGGAAAACGAAAAGUCUGAAAUACACAGCGUUUUGGAGAAGACGAACCUCGACAUCAAGAUUGAUUAUGUGUGUGUUUCUGAGAAAGAUGAGGAUCUGGGCACUGCAGAAUCACUAAAGUUGAUAAACGAUAAGUUAACAUCAGAUGUACUUGUCGUUUCUUGUGAUUUUGUAACCGAUGUUGAUUUUAAAGGCGUUUUAGAUAUAUUUAGAAUGCAUAAUGCUUCUGUAGCCUCUCUAUUAGUACAGCCACAGCCUAAUGAAGUGUUUGUAGUGCCUGGGCCAAAAUCAAAACAUAAGCCAGAACGUGAUUUGAUUGGAAUAGACACUCAAACAAACCGGUUAGUUUUUUUGGCAUCAGCAAGUGAUUUUGAGACGGAUUUCUCAUUGCCUACAAGUUUGCUAAAAAAGCACACCCACAUCAAGAUUUAUAGUAAUUUAAUAGAUUCUCAUGUUUAUGUGCUUAAAAAUUGGGUUGUGAAAUAUUUAAAGAGCGAAGAUAGUUUUACGUCUAUCAAAGGAGAAUUACUGCCACAUAUUAUUAAGAAGCAGCUGUCUAAACCACCAAAACCUGUUAAUACUAAUACUUCAGUUAUUAAUACAGGUGAUAAUGGAGACAUUUUUGCCUUUUCCAAAGAAGACGAGCUUGAUAUUAACAUUAGAAACACGUCGUCUUACAAUGACCAUACCGGAGACUUAAAGCCCACUUACCAUGAAGACUCGAUUAGGUGUUACGCUCAUAUCGCUCCAAAAGAAAACUUUGGCGUUAGAGUGAACACUUUACCCUCAUACUGGUGGAUAAACAACAAGAUUUCAGAAAAGUGGCCACAAAUAACUGGUGAUAGAUUGGAAUUUGUACCUGUGCAUCCGAAAGCAGACGUCAAAUCCAACCAGGUCGACAAUAAAUGUGUUAUUUGGGAGGGCGCGAAACUAAAUGAGAAAACAUCGUUUAAAAACAGCAUCAUUUGCAGUAACACAGAAGUUUGCAGCUUUAGCAGGGUUUUUAAUAGUAUUAUUAUGAACAAUGUUACCAUCAAAGAAAAGGUGGCAAUAGAAAAUUGUAUUAUUUGCGAUGGGGCCACUAUCGAAGGUGGGUGUCAGCUCAAAAAUUGCAUAGUUGGAAGUCACCAUACUGUUUCUGAACAAUCCGAACACACGAACGAAGUUCUAACCGAAUCUGACAGACUAAUGGAGUUUUAGAGAGCAAAAUUUUUAUUUUUAUACCGUUCUUGUACAAUUUUUCAAGUUUAAUUUAUUUAAAAUGUU